GCUUCAUACUCCAGUCCAGUCGGUGGCGGUAAGACACAUGCGUUUGUUUGCCGACCACCACCUCAGAGGAAGAAGAUUAGUUUUCGGCAAGAUCUCUGCUGUUUUGUCGCGUUGCUGGCCUAAUACAAACUGCUAGAAAUUUACUCUUAGUCUGUAGAAAAAUACAUUUUAAAUCAGGUCAAUAAAUACAUGUAAUAUUCCCAUCCUCAUAUACGUGACUAAGUUCUGAAUCAAGAAUAUCUGGAGGAGUAUCAACUGAACUGAGAUCUGCUGCUGUGAAGAUGGUGUUUGUUAAAGAGGAGAGUGAGGAGGACAUGAGUGAACCAGAACCCUGGAGAAUAAAACACGAGGAACAAGGAGGCCUGAUAAAAGUGAAAGAGGAAAGACUAGAUCUGAAUGAAGUGGAGGAGAAACAUCAUCAGAAAGUUCAUGAUGUCACCGCUGGAGAGAAACCAUUGAGUUGCUCCAAAACUGAAAACAGUUGCUCACAAAGCAGCGUCCAAAUAACAGAAGAGAAAAAGCCUUUCACAUGUUCUCAGUGUGGAAACACUUUCUCACGUAAAGAAAGUCUGAAGAAGCACAUGUUAAUUCAUGGUGGAAUAAAGCCUUUCAGCUGUUCUGAGUGUGGCAAGAGUUUCACACAUAGAUCAUACCUUAAUGAGCAUUUGUUUAAUCACACUUCAGAAAAACCUUUUACCUGUUCUCAGUGUGGAAAGACGUUUAUCCGUAAAGGAAGCCUGACGAAGCACAUGUUAAUUCAUGAUGGAAUAAAGCCUUUCUCCUGCUCUCAGUGUGGAAUGAGUUUUACACAGAAAACACACCUUACUUAUCAUCUGGUAACUCACACUUCAGAAAAGCCUUUCACUUGCCCUCAGUGUGGAAAGACUUUCACACGUAAAGGAACCCUGACGAAUCACAUGUUAAUUCAUGAUGGAAUCAAGCCUUUCUCCUGCUCUCAGUGUCAAAGCUCUUUCAUAUGUGAAGGACGUUUGAAGAAGCACAUGUUAAUUCAUGCUGGAAUAAAGCCUUUCAGCUGCUCUCAGUGUGGAAAGAGUUUCACACAGAACUCACACCUUAAUGAGCAUUUGUUAAUUCACACUUCAGAAAAGCCGUUCACUUGCUCUCAGUGUGGAAAGACCUUCAUACGUAAAGGAAGCCUGAAGAUCCACAUGAGAAUUCAUGCUGGAAUAAAGCCUUUCAGCUGCUCUCAGUGUGGAAAGGGUUUCAAACAGAAAUCACACCUUAAUGAGCAUUUGGUAACUCACAUUUCAGAAAAGCCAUUCGCUUGCCCUCAGUGUGGAAACACUUUUAUACGUAAAGGAAGCCUGAAGAAGCACAUGCUAAUUCAUGAUGCAAUAAAGCCUAUCACCUGCUCUCAAUGUGGAAAGACUUUCAUACAUAAAGAAAGUCUGAAGAAGCACAUGCUAAUUCAUGAUGGAAUAAAGCCAUUCACCUGCUCUCAGUGUGGAAAGAGUUUCACACAGAAAGGACAUCUUAAGGAUCAUCUGGUAACUCACUCUUCAGAAAAGCCUUUCACUUGCCCUCAGUGUGGAAAGACUUUUACACGUAAAGGAUACUUUAAGACUCACAUGUUAAUUCAUGCUGGAAUCAAGCCUUUCACCUGCUCUGAGUGUGGAAUUAAUUUCAAAUGUAAAGGAAACCUGAAGAAUCACAUGUUAGUUCAUUCUUGAAAAAAGCCAUUCACCUGCUCUCCUGCCCCAUCCACACUACUGCGUUUUCGUUUAAAAACGGAGAAUUAAAACGAAUACGAUCUCCAUCCAAACCAGCUUUUUAU